AUGUUAUUAGAAAGAUUUCAAAGUAAAUUCCAUAGUUUAUCCAUUAGAAGUACGGAAGACCGUGACAAAGUAACCUCUUCCAUCGAAUAUCAUCAACCUGAAAGUGACAUCAGUGCGUUCGGAAAUGAUACGAUAAAAGAUCCAAGGUUUAUCACUCCUUCCGCAACACCAGUCAAUUAUUCAACGGUUCAAAUGCCCUAUCUUAAUAAGACUUUCCAAAACAGUUCUUCUUCCCUCGCAAGCUCCGUCUCUGACUUCAGCGUCGUGAGACAACAUCAGAGAACUAGUGUCUUUACUCCUCAGUUUGUCAAUUUAUUGAUGGAAAUAUAUGGUUUCAUAUGUUCGGAUCCAACAAUUACUCCCUUUGACAUUACCAAUCCUCCUUCUGGUAUAUUGAACAAGGUGUCCAAGAUUGCAAUAGAGGAGUCUGUUUCCAAUAAUAUUGAAAUUGGAGUGGACAGCACGAACCAUUUAUUGAGUCUUACGAGGAAUAGAUUGUUGCAAGAGAUUAAAAGAGACUGUUACAUCGCAAGAAAUAAUUCAUUCAGUUCUACGUCUAGUUUUAAUCCACUAGAUGCGGAUUGUUCAACAAAAAUCACAAUUCCACAAGAGAUUAUAAGUUUACAAAAAUUCGGUACAAGAAGGUCAAGAAGUAACACUGCUUCUUCAAUGGACUCGAAUUCGAAUUUCGGACCUGGCUUAUCCUAUAACUAUGCUCUUUUGAACCCAAAAAUCAGAUUGAGCAGAACUUCUUCACCUUUAUCCACUAGUGUAACCUCUUCGAAUAACAACCGCGACUUUAUGCAGGAAUCUGUAAGGAAAAACGUGGAUUUUGUAAAAUAUCCUAGAUAG